AUGACGGAAUCACAGCAAGAUACUUUGGAGCAAAAAUAUGAGGUGUUAAAAACUGUAUGCCGGCAACAGGUUAUGUUUAAUGAAACACUUAAAUUGGAAGUUGCUAAGUUAAACAAUGCAGUAGAUGAACUAAUCAGAGAAAAGAAUUUACUACUAGAUGAGUUAGUCAAACACCAUUUGUCAUGCCACAAUUUCCUCAAGAGUGAGUUAAAAGAAACACAGGAUAAUUCAGUUUGUAGUGGAAACAAACGUGCAAUGAGCCCGUCUGAAAACAACUAUCAUGAUACAAAAAAGGUCAGAAGUUCCCACUCAGCCAUUGGUCGUAAUGAAGAGUCGGUUCUCCUCGAUGAAUCCUCACCGUUGAAUCCUAUCCCAUUUCAGGAGGAUGAGGAACCCUUAACUCCUGACGACCAAGAAGAAAAGAGUCACUGUGAGACCACUCCUAGUCAUUCACCGCUUACAAUAACCUGCCCAAAGUUACAUUACAACAUAACCCCAUCAAAAACAAGCAUUUCUGUUACCCCUAUCGGUAGCGAUGGUGAAACCUCACCACGGCUAGUGAAUACAUCAAGCGUCACUCUGAAAUCCAAUGUAAGUAAUCCUGGUUCACCUCCAACAAUCACUUCGACUACACGUUUGCCUUCAUCUCCUGUGAGCACCAACAACAUAUCUGUUGUACAACGGCCAAAUAGAGGCAGCUCUCUUGUAACAAACUCAUCAGUAUGUGCAUCACCAACUCCUUUCGUAUCAUUUGCUUCCCAGCGUUCACCGUCACUUGGUUCACAGACAAAGUAUGUGUCUGUAACAAAUCGCUCUUUAAAAGUUGUUAGUUCUGGAAAUGCUUCCAAUACUUCCGGCAACGUUAUAAAACCGGUAGCUUCUCCUAUAUCAUCUGGAAUCCGUUUAUCAAGCACACCAACAUUAACAAAUCAACGUAUCUUGAUCCAACCAAGCAAUUGCAAUGUCCGUUCUACUGUUUUCCCUCGACAGCCUCAAGUAAAUAUCUCGUAUUGGCCCAAGACGACUUCAAUAAAUCUGACGAUGAAUCGGAUGUAG